UCCUCCUCAGGUGAGGCAGCCUGGCCUAGCAGGCCCCACGCCACCGCCUCUGCCUCCAGGCCGCCCGCUGCUGCGGGGCCACCAUGCUCCUGCCCAGGCCUGGAGACUGACCCGACCCCGGCACCACCUCGAGGCUCCGCCCCCACCUGCUGGACCCCAGGCCCAAUCUGCGUCCGUGAUCACGGCGUGCUCUGGCCAAGGCCCAGUCCCUACAGCCUGCCUGGAUGGACGCCUGGGACUGGGGGCGCCAGGACUGGGCUGGGCUGGGCUCCCCCAGGCCCUGCCUCCCCGUCCAUCUCCUCACAGGUCCCACCCUGGCCCAGGAGGUCAGCCAGGGAAUCAUUAACAAGAGGCGGUGACAUGGCGCAGAAGGAGGGUGGCCGGACUGUGCCAUGCUGCUCCAGACCCAAGGUGGCAGCUCUCACUGCGGGGACCCUGCUACUUCUGACAGCCAUCGGGGCGGCAUCCUGGGCCAUUGUGGCUGUUCUCCUCAGGAGUGACCAGGAGCCGCUGUACCCAGUGCAGGUCAGCUCUGCGGACGCUCGGCUCAUGGUCUUUGACAAGACGGAAGGGACGUGGCGGCUGCUGUGCUCCUCGCGCUCCAACGCCAGGGUAGCCGGACUCAGCUGCGAGGAGAUGGGCUUCCUCAGGGCGCUGACCCACUCCGAGCUGGACGUGCGAACGGCGGGCGCGAACGGCACGUCGGGCUUCUUCUGUGUGGACGAGGGGAGGCUGCCCCACACCCAGAGGCUGCUGGAGGUCAUCUCCGUGUGUGAUUGCCCCAGAGGCCGUUUCUUGGCCACCAUCUGCCAAGACUGUGGCCGCAGGAAGCUGCCCGUGGACCGCAUCGUGGGAGGCCGGGACACCAGCUUGGGCCGGUGGCCGUGGCAAGUCAGCCUUCGCUAUGAUGGAGCACACCUUUGUGGGGGGUCACUGCUCUCCGGGGACUGGGUGCUGACAGCCGCCCACUGCUUCCCAGAGCGGAACCGGGUCCUGUCCCGAUGGCGAGUGUUUGCCGGUGCCGUGGCCCAGGCCUCUCCCCACGGCCUGCAGCUGGCGGUGCAGGCUGUGGUCUACCAUGGGGGCUAUCUUCCCUUUCGGGACCCCAACAGCGAGGAGAACAGCAACGAUAUUGCCCUGGUCCACCUCUCCAGCCCCCUGCCCCUCACAGAAUACAUCCAGCCUGUGUGCCUCCCAGCUGCCGGCCAGGCCCUGGUGGAUGGCAAGAUCUGUACCGUGACGGGCUGGGGCAACACGCAGUACUAUGGCCAACAGGCCGGGGUACUCCAGGAGGCUCGAGUCCCCAUAAUCAGCAAUGAUGUCUGCAACGGCGCUGACUUCUAUGGAAACCAGAUCAAGCCCAAGAUGUUCUGUGCCGGCUACCCCGAGGGUGGCAUUGAUGCCUGCCAGGGCGACAGCGGUGGUCCCUUUGUGUGUGAGGACAGCAUCUCUCGGACGCCACGUUGGCGGCUGUGUGGCAUUGUGAGCUGGGGCACUGGCUGUGCCCUGGCCCAGAAGCCAGGCGUCUACACCAAAGUCAGUGACUUCCGGGAGUGGAUCUUCCAGGCCAUAAAGACUCACUCCGAAGCCAGCGGCAUGGUGACCCAGCUCUGACCGGUGGCUUCUCGCUGCGCAGCCUCCAGGGCCCGAGGUGAUCUUGGUGGUGGGAUCCAUGCCAGGCCUAGGAUGGGACGUUUUUCUUCUUGGGCCUGGUCCACAGGUCCAAGGACACCCUCCCUCCAGGGUCCUCUCUUCCACAGUGGCGGGCCCACUCAGCCCCGAGACCACCCAACCUCAUCCUCCUGACCCCCAUGUAAAUAUUGUUCUGCUGUCUGGGACUCCUGUCUAGGUGCCCCUGAUGACGGGAUGCUCUUUAAGUAAUAAAGAUGGUUUUGAUUAA